GUAUCCUCCGCGAAAGACGAGGCAGUUGCCCGCGAACGCGACGUGCGGUCACUGGGCGACGAGAAGGCGGCUGUGGCUGCAGAGGUAGCGGCCGCAGUGGCGCGCGACAAGCAGCAGGUGGAAGCACGGCUGGCGCAAGCGCAGCAGGAGAAUCAGGAGCUCCGAAACCGGCACGCAGCGGAGAUGGCGGCCGUGGAGGCGCGCGUCAGAGCUACCCUGGCGCGCAAGGAGGAGGUUAUCAGCGGUCUGCGGGAGCAGGCGGCAGCCAUGGCAGCAGAGCUGCGGGACACGCAAGAAGUGCUGCGGCAGCAGCAGGAAGAGUUUGGGAGCGACCUGGACGGCGGUGCAUCGGCUGCGGCGGCGAUAGUGCCAGUCGUGGCUGCCGGGCGUAGCAUGUACAGCGAGGCGAGUGCAGGCGCAGGCGCCCGGCGAGGGGGGCGGCACUGA